CAGUUAUGAAAAAUCAGCGAGGAACGAUCGUUCUUGGCAAGGAUUAUUGAAUACAUUAAUCAAAUGUUCUCGGUCACUUGAAAGUUAAUUUCCCUCAGUAAAUUCACAGGUACAUCCCAAACACAUCCAUUUGUUUACACUGAGGUGUUACAUUUGGGUUAUGUGAGGGUGGCGUUAACUAUUUAAGCUUAAAUAAUUUGGUCGAGUUUUAAAAGUAGUGUGAAGAUUCAGCGAAACAACUAUGAUUUACUUACUUUGAUAGCAUUAAUUUUACCACCAAAACCUUAUCAGACCUUUUGCACAUUUUGCUAAGUGAGAAUGCAUUAAUAAUUUAGGAAAAAAGCUGUUGAACUCAUCAACAAUUGAUGAGCUUGGGGAAUGGUGCCUGAAAGGAUGGUGGAGCCCGAGAGCAACUAUACCGAGCACAUAGGGUAUCCAUGACAAUGCUGUGAGCGGCAACCACCAGGCACUGUCACACUGAUAAAACAGUGGAAACAUGGGAUACUUAUCACAUACUUACCAUGAAACCAAAGGAGGAUGGGUGGGCUGGGAGAAAAGCUUACUGAGAUCUGUCCAGCAGCGAAAAACACAUGGAAUGACUUGACAUCCAAAGCUGAGCUAUAAAAUUCAGUUGCCCUUGCACAAAUCCCCCGGCCACCCCGUACCCACUCUAAGAAAGACUGCUGGCCAGCAAUCUUGUUUCAUGGUUAACUUGUCCUAAAUUCCGUUUAUCCUCAUUUAAAACUAUGUACACUGAAACUUUUCAAUCAUUGAGAUCAUCAUCAGAGUAUUUGUUUUGAAAAUACCAGAUGUUCUUGUAACUUAGGCAUAUAGCAAUAUCCCAUAGGAAAUGGGCUAAAUUAUUACUCAUCCCUGGUUUAUGGUUUUGAUUUAAUAACAAGACUCUGAGUUGUUUUCCUAUUCAAUAUCACAUAUAAUUAGGUUGACAAGGAUACGAAGAGAUGAAUACAAGUCAAAAAUAAACUUGCAAUGCAACAAAUUCAACUGUGGCUGAGAGUUUUCAACCAUUCACUUCAUGAUUUUGAACCAUAAGGAUUUGCAUUUCUUUGUGAUCUCACCAAACAUUUUUGAGUAGGGUGAAUGUUAGCUGUUGGAACAGAUAAUAUUAUUUUGAUUAGCUGCAAAUUACAUUCAAAUUUUGUUGACUUCUGAUAGGGCAACAAUCAAGAGAUGAAAAUAAUUUGAAUUCAGUGCAGACACUUUGAAUGGAUGCUUGUCAUACAUGCAUUCAAUUUGGUUUUGAAUUACUUUAUCAGGAGAUCAGAAAUCAUUAUUGUUGCUGAGUUAAUUAAUUUGGAGUUGUUCUGUUGUUGGCAACUAAGAGUAAUAUUUGCCAUUGGGUUAAAAUUUAUUUUUGCUGCUUACUUUAGAGAUGAAAUGUCCACACUAUGCCACAGGACUGUAAAGAGUUGUUUCCUCUGCACCGGAUCAUGUGUGUGGGCGGGUUCAUUCAAAUUAUUUUGCCACGAUAUUCAAAGUGUUAGGGUUGUGUGUACAGUAAAAAAAGUAGGCACUACCCUCAAGAAGCAAAUCAAAGCUGUCUGUUCCAACAGCUAACAAUUGCACUGCUUGAACAUACAUGAUUGGUGAGAGCACAAACAAACUGGGACUCUUUUGUUUCAAAUUGUGCUGUAAUUGGCUGAAAACGUUCAGGUUGCCUUGGUUGAAGCAGUCACAUAGUUGUAAAUAACCAGUUUUAUCAGAUGCUCAAACCACUGAGGUUCAGUGGGCUCAGCCAGCCUGGUUAUUUACUAGGUUCAUUUUGUUAUUUGAAAACUUGUUUUUUUUUUUGUUAAUUGUAAAAAGUAUUAACUGAAAUUGAGUUUUCUCUUUUUUAACCUUACUAUCCUUACCUUACUAAGAAGAAUGUGCGAGAACAAGUAGACUUUGUGGGUUCAUAACUCUAUUGUUUGUUAAACAUUUCACUUGCUGGUAUUUUUAGUGCACCAGUGUUGUAUUUUAUUAUCUUUUUUUAGUGUGAAGUGCAUAGGACAGAGGACUAUUAGGACGAAUGCAAGUAUUGUGGCCAGUUCUUUAACCAGUUAUCACCUUACAAAGAUUGUGAACAAACUCGCAUAGGGAUGGUGCCGUAUACAUGCAAGUAUUGCAAAAAGUGCUUUAGCCACUUUUCAAACUUGAACAAACAUGAACGAACUCACACAGGAGUGAAGCCUUAUGUAUGCAAGCAUUGUAAUAAGUGUUUUAGUGACUUAUCAAAUUGCAGGCAACAUGAACAAAUUCACACAGGAGUUAAGCCUUAUACAUGCAAGUAUUGUGAUGUGUGUUUUGGCCGCUCAUCAGAUUCCAAGAAACAUGAACGAAUUCACACAGGAGAGAAGCCGUAUACGUGCAAGCAUUGUAAUAAGUGCUUUAGCUACUCAUCAAGUUGGAAGCGACAUGAACGAACUCACACAGGAGUGAAGCCAUAUACAUGGGAGCAUUGUAAUAAGUGUUUUAGCGACUUAUCAAAUUGCAAGCAACAUGAACAAACUCACACAGGAGUUAAACCUUAUUCAUGCAAGUAUUGUGAUAUGUGUUUUGGUCGCUCAUCAGAUUCCAAGAAACAUGAACAAACUCACACAGGUGUUAAGCCUUACACAUGCGAGCAUUGUAAAAAAUGCUUUGAGUACUUAUCAAGUUGGAAGCGACAUGAACGAAUUCAUACAGGAGUUAAGCCUUAUACAUGCAAGCAUUGUAAAAAAUGCUUUAGCCAAUCAUCCGAUUGUAAGAAACAUGAACAAGCUCACGCAGGAGAGAAACGCUAUACAUGCAAGCAUUGUAGAAAGUGCUUUAACUACUCAUCAAGUUGGAAGCGACAUGAACGAACUCACACAGGAGUUAAGCCUUAUACAUGCAAGUAUUGUAAUAUGCACUUUACCGACUUAUCAAACUGCAGGCAACAUGAACGAACUCACACAGGAGAGAAGCCAUAUGCGUGCAAGCAUUGUAAAACGUGCUUUAGCCAGUAUGCAAGUUGCAAGAAACAUGAACGAACUCACACAGGAGAGAAGCCGUAUACAUGCAAGCAUUGUAAAAAGUGCUUUGGUGACUUAUUUAACCUGAAGCGACAUGAACAAAUUCAUACAGGAUUGAAGCCUUAUAUAUGUAAGCAUUGUAAUAUGUACUUCAGCGACUUUUCAAAUUGCAAGAAACAUGAACAAACUCACGCAGAGUUUAGCCUUGCAAACAUUGUAAAAAGUGUUUUGGCCAGUCAGAAGAUUUGAAGCAACAUGAACGAACUAAAGGUCUAAAUGUUGCUCUUAAUUUUCUACUAGUCGUAUUUGGUGUUUAUUUUGACCUCGCGACAAAAUGGUUGUUAUUCAGUCCGUGAAGGAUUUUGAUUAAGCCUUCUCAAAUUAUAAUACUCAAAUUGCCGGGAAUAAAGCUGCUUGCAACUUUUCAUAAAGCCACUUGGAGAAAGAAAUAUUAUUUUAUUGAUUUUUACCAACUAUGCGUGGAGACAUUUCAAUUAAUUGUUUUGCUAUAAAUAGUCUUAUCCAAGAAUAAAAUUGAUCUUGUUAAUUAAGUCAAUGAUACAAAAUUUCUGCAAAAUUUCAGAUCUAUGCCCUAACAAUUAAGGUACAGGGAUUAGUAAUUUAACUAGUAAUAAACAAAGGUUAGGAAGUGCGGGCGAGGACGAUGCAUUUUUGGCUAUUUGGGUAAUGAAAGAUUUGGCGGCCCAUAAGGAGAAAGGCUUUGUUUCGCGGGGUCGAAAUUUUUGUCCAUGAGGACACCCCCCAUGGCCCACCGCCUUUCUUCCUCUCUUUUGACACUGAUAAUAGAGUGAUUUUACUAAACCUGUGACACAGUUACCAACACUAGAUCAUUCCACGAGACACUAGUUCCAUUGUUUUGUUUUGCUUAGAUUUAGUAUGCUGUAAUUGUUGUUGUUGUUGUUUCACGGUGGAAAUAAAAUCACCUUAGGUUAUAAAAUAUACGUAUUGAUUGAGUCAAAAUGAUUGAUGUAACGCAACAAUGAUUUACUUAAAAUCAUAACAUGCAAAACUUAGAGAUGUCAUUUGAAUGAAUAAGAAUGAAAUCAAACAAAUAAGGCACUUUGUUGAUGUGCAUGGUUUAAAAUGUCACUGUAAACUGAAACGAAACGACCAAUAUAUGAAGAAAUUUCAGGUUAUUCCACAAUAUAAUGUACAAAGCUAAAUGUUUUGUUUGUGGGAACACUUUUCAAUGAGAUCAACGACGAACAACAAUCUCAGACUACACGCUUGUCAGGUCAAGGACGAACAACACUCCACGCUUGAAGAAAAGGACGAAGAGAUACGACUCUCGCUCGACGCUUGAGGUCAAGGACGAACAGACGAACAACACUCGCUACUCGCAUGAGGUGGAAUGCGGUCGGAAAAUGGCAUCCAACGCGACAUGAACGGAAACGUCGAAUCCCAGAUUGACACGCUCGAUUUGGAUUGGUCGGCGCUGCUGCUAUGCGUGAGCUUCACGUGAUCCAAGGUCCAAAUUAUUAAGUUAAGAGGAAAACGGUUUUUGUUUUGUUGUGGAUGGUCAUGAAAUUAAGCGAAAUGGCCAAAAAUCAACGCCAGCACAGAAAAACUAUUGAAGUCCUCAAACAUUUUAUGGCUGUUUUGAGAACUUUAUUGAUUGCUCUCACUAUCCAUAUUAGAAUAAUGUGUAUUUGGUUUUGCCCAUUGCAGAUAUUUGCCAUCGAUCAAAGGCUAUUCACAACACUAUGAAAUAUGCAACUUACUCAAGAUGAAGCCACGGAGAGAAAUCAAAUUGCCCAGUUCAAAUGAAUACUUAUGCCUUUAGACUGAUCAUUGUUGAACAUGAUCCAGUGGGUUUCACUUUCACAUGGCUUUUCUUGUUGUAGAAAUACUAAACCAAAGAUGGCCAAUUAAUUAUGCAUAAAUUAGUGUCAAUUGACCAUUUUUGCAGGGGAUCCCCGUAAUUCAAAGGGAAUCAAAUAUUUUGACCUACUUGUUUGCCUCAAUCAUUCACUCACCAAACCCAACAUUUGAACC